GUGUAUUCAGAAUCUCGUUUUUCCGGCCAUGCACCACCUCUCUCGCUCACAUGUGACCCUCUAAUGUCAUCUAGACGUACUAUACAGUUUGGGUUGAGGACAGAACCAGCAGUAGUACGUAUAUAUCGUGUCUUCAAUUUAUUAGCUAGCUAGUGUAACUGUUAACUACUGCUUCAAUCAUUGGUCAGUUAGCCGGCAAAUGAUUCCGAUGGGCCUCCGUGGGCUAAUUUUGCUGCAGUCUUUGAUGAUGAUCAUCAUCAUUGUGUCAUCAAUCACGGGCUGUAGUGUUGAAGGAAGACGACACUUUUACAGGAAACAAGAGAACGACGACAACAAAAUGCUGCAGGCUCCUUCCCCUGAUGAGGACAAUACCCCUGUUUCGCCGGUUCCUGCCGUAGUUCCCUCCGACCCCGUUGAAGGCGCGCCGCCGCCCGACGUCGACGACGAUUCUGGGCCGUGCGUUUUUGACGUCACCGACUACGGCGCGGUUGGCGAUGGCGAUACUGACGACACUGCCGCAUUUGUGGAUGCUUGGAAGGCCGCCUGCCAGGUUGAGGAUGCUCUUCUCUGGGCUCCUCCCGACCUUAAUUUUAUGAUCACUUCCACCAUUUUCUCCGGACCUUGCAAGCCCGGACUUGUUUUUCAGGUGGACGGAGUACUGAUGCCGCCGGACGGGCCGGAAUGCUGGCCGGAAAAGGACAGCGCGAAGCAAUGGAUUGUGUUUUACAAGCUUGAUGAUAUGACUUUCAACGGCACGGGAACUAUUGAAGGACAUGGGCAGAAAUGGUGGGAUCUCCCCUGCAAACCUCACCGGGGACCAAAUGGAUCAACAUUGCGAGGACCAUGUGACAGCCCGGCGCUCAUUCGUUUUUUCAUGAGCUCCAAUCUGGUGGUCAGUGGUCUCCGGAUCCAGAAUAGUCCUCAGUUCCACCUCAAAUUCGACGGUUGCGAUGGAGUUGAAAUUUAUGAUCUGUCUAUUUCUUCCCCCAAGCUUAGUCCCAACACGGAUGGCAUUCACGUCCAGGACACCACACGUGUCAGAAUCUACGACUCUGUCAUCGCUAAUGGGGACGAUUGCAUAUCAAUAGGGUCCGGAUGUUCUAAUGUUGAGAUCGAUGCAGUCACUUGUGGGCCCAGUCAUGGAAUUAGGCUCCCUGCCCAAUAGCUGAACAAACUUCCGGCCAUACGCGUCAAACCCCAUCCGAAAAAUCAGACCCUAAAGAAACCUAGGGAAAUCGCCACUCUUCAAAUACUUUCUCUCUCUAACUAGGGAUGGACGGGUCCGGGCGGCCUGACUGGGGACUAGUACUGUUUGGUAUUGCUCCGGGCAGGGGCGGAUCUACCUUAUGUCCAGGGAGGGCCUAGGCCCAUGCUCAAAAAAAAAUUGUAUAUAUAUACUAGGUAGUAAUAAUAUGUAUAAUGUUGUGUAAAAAUGGUAUAAUAACUAUCAAAGUCGAUUUCUUACCAAAAAGCAGGACGGCUUGAUGGAUUUUGAAGCAAUGUUUGCAGCGCUUCUAUUUGGAAGACCUGAGUUCGAAUCCUGCUUAGAGCAGAAUUCUCUAAUUUUUGCAAUGAGAGCAUUCUGUUUUAAAAUUUUAGUUUUUUUCCCCUUAUAUUUUUUUAUCCCACACCGGAAGAGGAGCAGAUUCUUCCUUCAUAGACAUCUAUUUAAACUUGAUCUCCUAGGAUCAAUUAAUACAAACUUAAAAUCAUUAAAUGGGUUUGAUACUAAUAUUGGGCAUGCUUUGGUCUUUUGAAUAUUAGCCUAAAUAAUUAGAUCAUUUGGCUUGAAAAGUGAAUAUUAGUUCAAUGUUUAUGGGCUAGAGGUGUUUUAUGUAUUUGAUUUUGACAAAAAAUCUUAUUCUGGUAAAUAAUAUUUGUUGUCUUUGACAUUAGUUUAGAGAGUACUACAUUUUAACAUUUUUUAUAAUAUACAUUUUUUAAAUAAUUUUCGCCCCACCUGAUUGCGAAUCCUAGAUCCGCCCCUGGCUCCGGGCCAGGUUUUCCGGUACCGGUACUGAUACCGGCCUGAUACCCAGAUCGUGGUUGAAUAGGGCGGGCUUCAGGCCUGAAUUUUGGGGCUCGACCCGGUCCAAGCCAAACGGCUACAGUUUUAAAAAAUAAAAAUUAAUUAAUGGGCGGCUACCGGCGUGGACCUGACCCAGACCCGGUACUGUUUUGACCUGGACGGGAAGCGGUAACGGAUCAAAUCGUGUCGGUACUGGGCUUUAAUUAUUUAGAAUCGGGACCGUCUUGGCUCCACCCCUAUCUGUAACCACACAACCUCUAAAGUUCAAUUUGUUUACUAAAAAACAAAUGUUCAACCCGUGAGUAUCCCUAUUUUAAUUUUUUAUUAUUAUUUCUACAUAGUCCUAUUUCUAAAAGAUUCCGAAAUGGUAAUAAUUGUUUUUUUUCAUAUAUGACGCAAGCAGCAUAGGGAGCCUUGGAGUACACAAUUCACAGGCGUGCGUAUCUAACGUAACAGUAACGAACUCCGUGAUAAAAGAGUCGGACAACGGGCUGAGGAUCAAGACGUGGCAAGGCGGGACGGGGUCCGUGAGCGCCGUCACGUUCGACACCAUCCAGAUCGAAAACGUCCGUAACUGCGUCAUCAUCGACCAGUAUUACUGCCUCACCAAGGACUGCCGCAACCAGACGUCCGCCGUCUACGUCCGGGACGUCACCUACCGCAACAUCAAGGGCACGUACGACGUCAGGACCCCGCCGAUUCACUUCGCGUGCAGCGACGCCGUCGCCUGCACCGGAAUCGUCAUGUCGGAGGUGGAGCUGCUGCCGUCGGAAGGGGAAUCGGUGGCCGAUCCCUUCUGUUGGAACGCGUACGGGGUUCUGGAGAGUUUGACAGUACCCCCAAUUGACUGCUUAUUGGACGGCACCCCGAGAUCCAUAUCAGAUGCGGCCCAGUAUACCUGCUGAGCGCUGAUACAUACUUCCUCAUCCCGAAAAGGUUGGCAAAGUUUGGUUGAAAUUUGUGCAGAGAAGAGAGAAUUAACUUUAGGCACAUAUUUCUUACUUUAAAUGAAAAUGGUCAACCUGUUUGGGACAUCCAAAAAAGGAAAUUUGGCCAACCUUUUCGGGACUGAGGGAGUAAUUAUUUCAACAUUCCUUCCUUUAUUUAUUCCACACAAACAUAAAUAAAUUAUUACUUAUACGUAGUACUCCGUACUACUUAUUUACACGGUAUGGAUGAGGAUGAUGAUAUAUCAUUGAUAUAAUGAUAUGUAGAUGAUUUUGGUAGAUGUUCAUUGUUUGGCCUACGUUGCUUGUGACGUAUAUAUAUUGGCAUAUUUGUAUAUAUAUGAACUCAUUCUAUAAGAUGGUCAAACUCUUUUCUAGUUUGAAACUUUGA